ACGUUUUGAGAUUUUGUGGCUCUAUAACGAUUAACAAAUAAUAAUAAUAUAUUAACUAGGUUCUUCGAUUAAUUUGUUCUAUUUUAUACAAUACCAUAUUACCAUCCACAAUCAUGGCUCAACAUAUGAACGCUGCAGUAGAUGAAGACGCGGCGCUAUUGCAAUUUCCCAAAGAAUUUGAAAACGCUGAAACGUUGCUUAUUUCCGAAGUAAAUAUGUUGUUGAAAUUUCGCAAGAACCAAAAUGAAAGUGCGGAGGAAGAACAAGAAUUUUCUGAAGUCUUUAACAAAACUUUGACUUACACAGAACAGUGUUCCAAAUUUAAAAACAAAGAAACCAUUGUUGCUGUAAGAAACUUACUUGCCGGCAAGAAAUUACACAAGUUUGAACUGGCGUCAAUCGGUAACUUAUGCCCACAACUCGCCGAUGAAGCCAAAUCACUUAUACCCAGUUUGGAAGGUAGAUUUGAUGACGAUGAAUUACAACAAAUUCUGGAUGACAUACAAGCUAAAUUAAGUAUUCAGUAUUAAUACAAUUUUACCAAUCACUUUAAAUAUAUUGUAUUAAUGCAUUUAUGCCACAAUUCUUUAAUUUUUGGAUUUCAUGUUUGUUAUUAUUGUUAAAGAAUUGCUGAUGAUUAAAAAUAUUUUUAUAUUUCCAAUAGUCUAGACACGAGUCUAAUAUUUGUCAGCAUGAUAUUUUAAUAUUUACUACUAUUUUUUUGUGUAUAACUUAAUAUAUUGUGGCUAUAGUUAUAAAAUACUAUAACUCAGUUAGGUAAAAGUCUGAAAUAUUAUUUUUUUAAAUUUAUUUUAAUGUGUUAUAACUUAUAAUAGUAUACUACCUACCUAUUUAGUUUAAAAUAAAAAUUACUAUUUAAUGUGUUACAUAUCUAAAAUUAUGUAAAUGUUAAAUGGUAAUACAUAUAAUGCAAGACUAACUAUCAUUUGAUGAAUGUUAAGAUAGGUCAUCCAUUAUACCUUUUUUUUAUAACGUACAUUUGUACUGUUAAAGCAAUGGCAUAAGAACAUUAGGUGAUUACUAUUUAUCUAUGUAAUAAUGGAGAAAUCCUUCUUAUUCAAUUGUAUAUAUUUUCUAAUGUAUUGGUAAAUAAAAGAAUGAAAUGAAAAAUAUUUUUCUUUAAAUACAUAAUUUCAACAGUAACA